AUGAAACUAUUCGACUCACUAUUACUCUUCUUUUUCUCUUCUCUCCUCUUAGGAGAAAUCAAUGGAGCUGAGAUUUCAAAUCAGAAUCAUGACUUGAACGGUACAAAGAGGUUGUUUGUGUUUGGAGAUUCUUACGCCGAUACUGGAAACAAAAAGAAGAAUAAGUCUCAGCCUGGGGCAUGGAGUUACCCUUACGGUAUAACUUUCCUCAGUCAUCCCUUUGGCCGUUUCUCCCACGGCCACAUCUCCAUCGAUUUUUUAGGUAUCUCUCUAUCUAUUAAGCUUUUUGCCUUCUAG